AAGCUAUGGCGCCAGGUGUAUUCCUGGACUUCAGUAAAUCCAGUUCGGCUCUACAGAAAGGUUCUAUUGGGUUCUGACUGGAAUCUCUUUGAAGAUUAGGACAGAAGAUGAAGACUAUCAGUGGAAACCAGAAGAUCUACUGUGACAAUUAAGGACACCAAGGCCAGGCAGCAGAAGACAAGAGGUGCCAGGCUAGACAAUUAUGGAUGAAACUGAUUCUUCAGAAGAUAUGACCUAUAAGCAACAGGAGGAUCUGCCUUAUGACGACCCUCUCUCCCAAACGCAUGUGUGUGGUGAUGGCAAUUUUACCUCAAAAAAGAACAUCCUUGGUGCCUCAGAUCAAGUUAUUCUCACAGAAGAUGGGCCUCAAGAAAAGGUGGCACAGGAUGAAACUUGCUCCAAUACAGCUGCGGCCAUGACUUGGGAUAAAAUUACUGAAAACGAUUUCGUUGUUGACAAAACCUGUGAUAAACGGAAACAGUAUCCCAGGACUCUUGAUAUUUCAGCUGAACGAGGAGAUGCUUUGAAGUCAAAUAUUUCUGAUAUUUUGCUCCAUCAUCUUUCUAAGGAGCAAUUUUUAGGAGAUCAAGGGAUUGAUUGUGAAACUCUCCCCGAGACCUCUAAUGCUGAUAGUGCUGACGAAGCAGCUGUUAUUGCGAAUAUUCCUCCAUGCUAUGUUAAGAACUUCGGGUCAAAAGAACAAACCCCAGAAUUCACUGACCAACUCAGCCCUAAAAGGGAUGGUGAAAACAGCAGUCAGCCCAGUUGCGCUCCAGGUUCUUCUGACUUGGAAGAGUUAGCAGCUGUUGGAAAUAGCAUCCAUCGAGAAAAUUCAAAUUUUCUAACAAAAAUCACAGAUUUGGAUGAUAAACAAAAAGGUUGCGAAGGGCAGGAAUCCCAGAAACAGCAGACUGAAAAAGCCAGCUCAAGCAGUGUGUUCACAAAUGGCCAAGAUCAAGCUCAUGACCAGCUCCCAGAUUUCUCUCUGGGAAAAACUAUUUUUUGGGUUGCUCCCAAAGUGAAAAUCCCUAGAAGUAACCUAAUGAAUAAGUCACUGACAGUAAUAGCUAAACAAACCAGCUUUUCUCCUAAAUUGAGAAAUAAAUCAACCAUUGUGCAAGACAUUUUAGAAAACCUGUCUAGGUCAAAUUAUGUUGAAAAGCAGCAUCCAGAGAACGCAGGGAAAAUUACAGAACCUUCACAACACACACAGAUGGCGUCUACAGGAAACAUCCACCAAGAACUUCUUACAGGAUUAGAAUCAGAGACAAAUCUCUUGAAGUUGACAGCGGUGUCUCAGAAAGAUCUUUCCUCAAGUUCUUCCAUAUUUCAAAAGAUAUGCCAAGGGAAACAGAUGUAUCAGAAAUUAAAAGAACAGACAGAUCAACUGAAGACUAAGGUACAAGAAUUUUCCAAAAGUGUACAACAGGACACUCACUGCCAUUUGCAAGACAGAAAGCUGGUGCUGGAGCAACUGCAGGGACAUCUCGAAGUGCUGGAGCAGGAGUUCGUGGCCACCAAGGAGAAGCAGUUGGCCUUGCAGCAGCAAAUCCACAAGCAUGAAUCCCCAGCUGCUGGUGACUUUGAUCCAGAAAGAGAAGUGGAAGGUGAAAUCUUCAAGCUGGAGAUGCUACUCGAAGAUGUGAAGGAGAAGAUCGAGGAAAGCAAAUAUACUUCAAUUCUCUCUCUGCCCGUGAAUUCUCCAGCCAUCCCAGAUGACGUGGCAUCCACAUUCUCUUCAUCCUCAGAUGAGGAGGACCCCAGCGGCGCGUCGGGAAGGCGGGCGCGUGCGGAGACUGUGGCGCCGAGUCCAUGCUGUGCCUUCUGCCGCCGACUCCUGGAAUGGAAGCACAAGAUGGAGAGGAGAGGUCUCAGAAGGAUCAACUGCGGCAGGUUUUCCAUUGUCAUUCACGAGCAGGCGCUGUGCCAAGACUCGCCUCUUGGCUUUGAUACCGGACCCAGCUUCUCUGCUUCCAGCACCGGAGUGCAGCACAAUACGUGUGACCGUUGUGGCACUGAGAUUUGGAAUUCCAGAAGAGUCUUCAGUAAAGACCCGCUGAAAGAGUUUCAUUACAGAUACAACACCCCAGGACAAUAUUACUUCAAUCAUAGAGGAAGAGGUGCCUUUGUCCAGCCCUGCUCUUCAGAGGAAAAUAAAAAUUCUGCACCUCCUUGUUCAAAACCAAUACAGCUAUGUUCCCACGGAGUGAAUUCAUGGUCCCUUCAAGAUGAAUGUGAGCCUGCAUUAGGAAAGAGGAAUCUAAAGACUUGUACGCCCAACAGUGCAGAACCUGAAAUCCUCCCUCCCCACUUCCAGUCCUGCAAGAUUUCUGGAAACAAAUCCUUAUGUGACUUCAAUAGCAUCGAAAAAACAGAAUUUAAGCUUUUAAGCUCGGCUUUGGAUCAUGCUCUGAAGACAGCAAGCAUUUUGAAAAGAACUACUGAUCAAAUGAUUAAAACAAUCGCAGAAGAUCUUGCCAAAGCAAAGAGAUGGAGGAAUGGACUGAAAUACUAACCCACGGAAACCAAGUUUAAAAAGAAAAAAAAUAUGCGAAGAAAACUUGAUCAACGCCCUCUCCUCAAAUAUUUUACUUGCUAUACAAUUUAGAAAGAUAUCUUUUUAAGAAAAUGCUAAAACUAUAAAAGGGUAACACAAAGUGUUUAAAUGGGAAAAAAGGACCUCUGAUGCUUAAAACCAAAACAAACUGAACCAAAACAAUAAAAUUUACUUUUAGCUAUUACUUUGGAAAAAUUAAAGUUUGUGUCAGUGAAGAUGGCGAAAAGAACUACUCUCAAAUACUGUUGGUGGAAUAUAAACUGAUGAAACCUUUAUGGAAGGAAAUUUGUUAACACAGACGUUCCUUGGCUUAUAAGAUCUAUAUCCUGAUAAAACCACAGUAAGUCAAAAAUACCGUAAGUCGAAAAUUCAUGUAAUAAACCUAACCUACUCCACAUCAUUGCUCAGCAAAACUUUCACUGACAAGUGUCUAUUGUUUCCCCUGCGACCCAAGAGAACUGCAGGCAGCUGUUCGUGCCCAGCAUCCGGCUGCCCAGUACGAUAUACUGCCCAGUACACUAGCCCAGGAAAAGAUCAAAUUUCAAAGUAGACUCUACUAAAUGCACAUCAAUUUCAUACCAUCAUAAAGUUGAAAAAAAAUCCAACCAUUACAAGUGUCUCCAACUGUACAAAUUCUAGUUUAUGUUUUUUUUUUGGUACUGGGAAUCAAAGUCUGGACCUCGCGCUUGCCAGGCAGACACUUGUGCCGCUGAGCUAUAUCCCCAGCCCCAAACUGUACACAUUCUUAAAGCACUUACUUUCUGACCAGCAAUUCCACUGCUAAGAAUUUACAGAUGACUGAACAUUCCACUAUACAAGUACAAGAAGGGCCAUUGGAUACUGACAGUAAUACCCUCAAAGGGAGCUAAUCUUAAAUACAGUGUAACGACCAGGUAAACAAUAAUACUCUGCAACCAGUGAUAAGAAUGAGGCGGAUUAUCUCUAAGGCAUUGAUAAAAACAAGAUACCUAACAAUAUACCCAGUAUGACCUAACUUGUGUAUAUUUUAUUAUAGGGCAUAUAUAUUUUCUAAAAAGAUGCACAGAAAUCUUCAGUGACCUCCAGGAAAUAAAGCUGAGGGUUUUGGGAGAGAACAAAUUUCUACUUUUGUUGCAGAACCCAAGAGAUCAGAGAGACCAACGGGGAGAAAGGAGGGUUUAUUUCCAUGAUUUUAGAUGUACACUGACCCAGCCGAACUCACGUCCACAGUGCUGGGCGUUAGGACAAAGGAAAGGUUCUAGUUUUAUACCUUUGGCUGAGGGGGUUGGUCUUGAGAAACUGAGGUGGUGGGGGGAAGCGAGGGUACAGAUGCAAGACAAAGCAAGUAAUCACUUAGCCUUGAAAGAAGACGGAGCCUUGAGUCCUGCAAGAACAAGAUGACACAAACUCUUCACGGAACAUAGCUGCCCAUCUUCUCCGUACUAAAACAAGAAGUUCUGUAACUACGGGGUGAGGGGAGUUCGAGAGGGAUUGCUCUUUACGUUCCGCUUCACUUUUUCCCUAUUUACUGCAUGACUUUCUUACAAUAGAAUUACAUUUAAAGAUCUCUUGAAAUCAUGUGAAAAUGACAGUCCUACACUGAUGAAAUUUUAGAAAAAGAGAAUCCAUUAAAACUGCGCAUCAGGGAUUAGGUUUGUAAUAGAAUAGAAUGCUGGAGAGGCUUUUGAUUUAGUCUCAUAAAAAUGAUUUAUUACCUCUUAAUGACAGCAGCAGAUUAUUGGUUCCUUCCCCCUCUCCCGAGGGCACCCCAUGCACUCUCGACAAAAGGGUUCCCAGCCCCCGGGGUUCAGCUCUGCGGUGACAACGGAGCUGAACGCACUCCCGGUUCAGAUGUCUGUGCGAACCAAGGCAGCUGCUAUUCCUCUAGGUGGCUGGAGAAUGGGCUAUUUUUAACUUUGGGCUUUGAAACUGGUUUAGAGUACCUGGGAAGAGAUAACGCAGAGGUCAGCUGGGAGAUAACUGACUCUGUGGCUACGUUUACAUUAGUCUGUGGCACUACAGGGCAGACAGCAAAGGCAAUGCUCUGUAACUGUAUAUUCUGUCACUUACAGUUUAUGAAGUUCAUUUCUUUUUUUUUUCGG